CCGAGUUUAGAUCAAGGGAAGGAAAGGGGCUAGCGGUAUAGUUAAAGGAGUUAGAUUAUAAACAUAAAUAAACUGUUAUCUUGAGUGGUUUGAUUGGGAACCGCCAUCGGACACGUUCCGGUCACCUUUCGGUGCCAGGAAGAGGGUCUUGGUGGCGUUUCAGAGCCGUUCCCUCUGUGAAAAGCGGCGUGCCGAGGGGAGGACGCGUCUCUUUGAAUAGACAGGAUGCACGGACCGCCUUCCAGCGACAGCGCAUGCCCACUGCGCCUCAUCAAGAGAGUUCAGUUCGGCAUCAUCAGCCCAGAUGAGCUUAAACGGAUGUCCGUCACCGAAGGGGGCAUCAAGUACCCCGAGACCACAGAGGGAGGACGCCCCAAACUGGGCGGCCUCAUGGACCCCCGACAGGGGGUCAUCGAGAGGUCUGGGCGAUGCCAGACGUGUGCAGGUAACAUGACGGAAUGCCCCGGUCACUUCGGUCACAUCGAGCUGGCCAAGCCUGUCUUUCACGUUGGCUUCAUCAAUAAGAUCAUGAAAGUUCUCCGCUGUGUUUGUUUCUUUUGCUCCAAGCUUCUGGUCGAUGCGAACAACCCGAAAAUCAAAGACAUCCUGACGAAGUCGAAAGGUCAGCCUCAAAAGCGCCUGUUGCACGUCUACGACCUGUGUAAAGGUAAAAACAUCUGUGAGGGCGGGGAAGAGAUGGACAACAAGUUCGGAGUGGAGCAGCAGGAGAACGAUGAGGACCUCACUAAAGAGAAGGGUCACGGUGGAUGUGGGCGGUAUCAGCCCCGUAUUCGGCGCUCAGGCCUGGAGCUGUACGCCGAGUGGAAGCACGUGAACGAAGACUCUCAGGAGAAGAAGAUCCUCCUCAGCCCCGAACGUGUGCACGAGAUUUUCAAACGCAUCUCAGACGAAGAGGAUCACAUCCUCGGUAUGGAUCCCAAGUUCUCCCGGCCUGAGUGGAUGAUCGUCACCGUGCUGCCGGUGCCGCCUCUCGCCGUCAGACCGGCCGUGGUCAUGCAGGGCUCGGCCAGGAAUCAGGACGAUUUGACGCACAAGUUAGCCGACAUUGUGAAAAUCAACAACCAGCUCCGGCGGAACGAGCAGAGUGGUGCUGCCGCCCACGUCAUCGCAGAAGACGUCAAGCUCCUGCAGUUCCACGUGGCCACUAUGGUGGACAAUGAGCUGCCUGGCCUGCCCAGAGCGAUGCAAAAAUCCGGUCGUCCACUCAAAUCCAUCAAACAGAGGCUGAAGGGGAAAGAAGGUAGAGUGCGAGGAAACCUGAUGGGGAAGCGUGUGGACUUCUCGGCCCGAACCGUCAUCACGCCCGAUCCUAACUUGCAGAUCGACCAGGUGGGCGUUCCUCGCUCCAUCGCUGCUAACAUGACCUUCCCGGAGAUCGUCACACCAUUUAACAUCGACAGACUCCAGGAGCUCGUGCGAAGAGGGAACAGUCAGUAUCCCGGAGCCAAAUACAUCAUCCGUGAUAACGGAGACCGAAUUGACCUUCGGUUCCACCCGAAACCAAGUGACCUUCACCUUCAGAUCGGCUAUAAGGUGGAGAGACACAUGUGCGACGGUGACAUCGUCAUCUUUAACAGACAGCCCACCUUGCACAAAAUGUCUAUGAUGGGUCACAGGGUCCGAAUCCUGCCUUGGUCUACGUUUCGACUCAACCUCAGCGUAACGACUCCGUACAACGCCGACUUUGACGGAGACGAGAUGAACCUGCACCUGCCCCAGUCGCUCGAGACGCGAGCCGAGAUCCAGGAGCUGGCCAUGGUGCCGCGUAUGAUCGUCACACCCCAGUCCAACAGACCUGUCAUGGGUAUUGUGCAGGACACGCUCACCGCCGUGCGCAAGUUCACCAAGCGAGAUGUCUUCUUGGAGAGGGAUGAAGUGAUGAACCUGCUGAUGUUCUUGUCCUCCUGGGACGGCAAAGUACCGCAGCCAGCCAUCUUAAAGCCACGCCCGUUGUGGACCGGCAAGCAGAUCUUCAGCUUGAUCAUUCCAGGUCACAUUAACGUGAUCCGUACACACAGCACGCAUCCGGAUGACGAGGACAGCGGCCCGUAUAAGCACAUCUCUCCAGGAGACACAAAGGUGAUCGUGGAGAACGGAGAGCUGAUCAUGGGCAUCCUGUGUAAGAAGUCCCUCGGAACCUCCGCAGGUUCCCUUGUCCACAUCUCCUACCUUGAGAUGGGUCAUGACAUCACCCGUCUCUUCUACUCAAACAUUCAGACUGUCGUCAACAACUGGCUGCUCAUCGAGGGUCACUCUAUUGGUAUCGGUGACUCUAUCGCUGAUGCAAAGACUUAUCUUGACAUUCAGAACACCAUCAAGAAGGCCAAGCAAGAUGUGAUAGAGGUCAUUGAGAAAGCUCACAACAACGAACUGGAGCCCACUCCCGGUAACACUCUGAGACAGACCUUUGAAAACCAGGUGAACCGUAUCCUGAAUGACGCUCGAGACAAGACAGGAUCUUCCGCUCAGAAGUCCCUGUCUGAGUACAACAACUUCAAAUCCAUGGUGGUGGCCGGGUCCAAGGGCUCCAAGAUUAACAUCUCACAGGUUAUCGCUGUGGUAGGGCAGCAGAACGUUGAGGGUAAACGAAUCCCAUUUGGCUUCAAGCACCGCACUCUUCCUCACUUCAUCAAGGAUGAUUACGGUCCUGAGAGUAGGGGUUUUGUAGAGAAUUCGUACCUCGCCGGUCUGACGCCCACGGAGUUCUUUUUCCACGCCAUGGGAGGAAGAGAGGGUCUUAUCGAUACGGCUGUGAAAACAGCCGAGACAGGUUAUAUCCAGCGCCGUCUGAUCAAGUCUAUGGAGUCGGUUAUGGUGAAAUACGACGCCACAGUGAGGAACUCUAUUAACCAGGUGGUACAGCUGAGAUACGGAGAGGACGGCCUGGCAGGAGAGGCUGUCGAGUUCCAGAACAUGGCCACACUUAAACCAUCCCACAAAGCUUUUGAGAAAAAGUUCAGAUUUGACUGCACUAAUGAGCGAGCCCUCCGGCGUACGCUACAGGAGGACGUGUUGAAGGAAGUGAUGACCAACGCACACGUGCAGAGCGCUCUGGAGAAGGAGUUUGAGAAAAUGAGGGAGGACCGAGAGAUCCUGAGAGCUAUUUUUCCCUCAGGAGACAGCAAGGUGGUGCUGCCGUGCAACCUGGCCCGAAUGAUCUGGAACGCACAGAAGAUUUUCCGCAUCAACCCAAGAACUCCAACAGAUCUCAACCCAUUAAGAGUGGUGGAGGGUGUGCAUGAGCUGAGUAAGAAGCUGGUGAUCGUGAAUGGUGACGAUCCGUUGAGCAAGCAGGCCCAGCAGAACGCCACGCUGCUCUUUAACAUCCAUCUCCGCUCCACACUCUGCUCCAGACGCAUGACCGAAGAGUUCCGUCUCAGCACCGAGGCCUUCGAUUGGCUCCUGGGAGAGAUCGAGACAAAGUUUAACCAGUCAAUUGUUCACCCGGGUGAGAUGGUGGGUGCUCUGGCCGCUCAGUCUCUGGGUGAGCCUGCCACUCAGAUGACCCUGAACACUUUCCAUUAUGCCGGUGUGUCGGCUAAAAACGUCACCCUGGGUGUACCUCGACUCAAAGAGCUGAUCAACAUCUCGAAGCGCCCCAAGACCCCGUCUCUGACAGUGUUCCUACUGGGCCAGGCGGCACGCGACGCCGAGCGCGCCAAAGACAUCCUGUGUCGCCUGGAACACACCACGCUGCGCAAGGUCACGGCCAACACCGCCAUCUACUACGACCCCAACCCCCAGAGCACGGUGGUGUCCGAGGAUCAGGAGUGGGUGAACGUUUACUACGAGAUGCCCGACUUCGACGUGACGCGCAUCUCACCCUGGCUGCUCCGUAUCGAGCUGGACCGCAAACACAUGACCGACCGCAAGCUCUCGAUGGAGCAGAUCGCUGAGAAGAUCAACGCAGGUUUUGGCGACGAUCUUAACUGCAUCUUCAACGACGAUAACGCAGAGAAGCUGGUGCUGCGUAUCCGAAUCAUGAACAGCGACGAGAAUAAGUUCCAAGAGGACGAGGAGGUGGUGGAUAAGAUGGACGACGACGUGUUUCUACGCUGCAUCGAGUCCAACAUGCUGACGGACAUGACCCUACAGGGCAUCGAACAGAUUAGCAAGGUGUACAUGCAUCUCCCUCAAACCGAGAACAAGAAGAAGACAAUCAUCACAGAGGAGGGAGAGUUUAAAGCUCUGCAGGAGUGGAUCCUUGAGACGGACGGCGUCAGUCUGAUGAGAGUCCUCAGCGAGAAGGACGUCGACCCAGUCAGGACCACUUCCAACGAUAUCGUGGAGAUCUUCACUGUGCUCGGUAUCGAGGCAGUGCGUAAGGCUCUGGAGAGAGAGUUGUACCACGUCAUCUCAUUCGACGGUUCCUAUGUGAACUACCGCCAUCUUGCUCUCCUGUGCGACACCAUGACCUGCAGAGGUCAUCUCAUGGCCAUCACCCGUCACGGCAUCAACAGGCAGGACACAGGCCCGCUAAUGAAGUGCUCUUUUGAAGAGACGGUGGAUGUCCUGAUGGAAGCCUCGUCACACGGGGAAUGUGAUCCCAUGAAGGGCGUGUCUGAGAACAUCAUGCUCGGACAGCUGGCUCCCGCAGGCACCGGUUGCUUCGACCUGCUCCUGGAUGCUGAGAAAUGCAAAUACGGCAUGGAAAUUCCAACCAACCUCCCCGGCAUCAGCGUGGCUGGACCAACUGGAAUGUUCUUUGGCUCCGCCCCCAGCCCUAUGAGUGGCAUGUCUCCAGCCAUGACGCCCUGGAACACGGGAGCCACUCCAGCGUACGGUGCAUGGUCUCCCAGCGUCGGAAGUGGAAUGACCCCAGGGGCUGCUGGAUUUUCUCCCAGUGCCGCCUCCGACGCCAGCGGCUUUUCUCCGGGUUACUCCCCCGCGUGGUCUCCUACACCGGGCUCUCCAGGGUCUCCUGGUCCAGCCAGUCCUUACAUUCCCUCUCCUGGUGGAGCCAUGUCUCCUAACUAUUCCCCCACGUCUCCGGCAUACGAGCCGCGCUCUCCUGGAGGCUACACCCCACAGAGUCCGGGCUACUCCCCGACCUCGCCAUCAUACUCCCCCACUUCUCCGUCUUAUUCCCCAACUUCUCCCUCCUACUCCCCCACGUCUCCAUCUUACUCCCCGACCUCGCCCAGCUAUUCGCCCACGUCGCCCUCUUACUCUCCCACGUCUCCCUCUUAUUCGCCCACCUCUCCAUCCUACUCUCCGACGUCUCCUUCGUACUCCCCGACUUCACCCUCCUACUCGCCCACGUCUCCCAGCUACAGCCCGACGUCCCCGUCGUACUCCCCCACCUCUCCAUCGUACUCACCAACCUCCCCCUCCUACUCGCCCACUUCCCCCUCGUACUCCCCGACAUCUCCUUCGUAUUCCCCGACGUCACCCUCGUACUCCCCGACGUCUCCCAGUUACAGCCCGACGUCGCCCAAUUACACGCCCACUUCGCCCAGCUACUCGCCCACCUCCCCGUCCUACAGCCCCACUUCACCUUCGUAUUCACCCACGUCUCCGAAUUACACGCCCACCAGCCCGAAUUACUCCCCAACGUCUCCGUCGUACUCCCCCACGUCUCCGUCGUACUCCCCGUCCAGCCCUCGGUACACGCCCCAAUCUCCCACGUACACCCCGAGCUCGCCGUCGUACAGCCCGAGCUCGCCGUCUUACUCCCCCACGUCUCCGAAGUACACGCCCACUUCUCCGUCGUACAGCCCCAGCUCUCCAGAGUACACCCCAACUUCACCCAAGUACUCGCCCACGUCGCCCAAGUACUCGCCCACGUCUCCGAAGUACAGCCCGACGUCUCCGACUUACUCGCCCACCACGCCCAAAUACAGCCCCACGUCUCCGACUUACUCUCCCACGUCUCCUACGUACACCCCGACCAGCCCCAAGUACUCACCCACGUCGCCCACGUACUCCCCGACGUCUCCGAAAUACUCCCCGACCUCGCCCACGUACUCGCCCACCAGUCCCAAAGGCUCUACCUACAGCCCGACCUCGCCCGGGUACAGUCCGACGUCCCCAACGUACAGUCCGGCCAUCAGCCCCGACGACAGCGACGAGGAAAACAACUAAAGCGCACAACUGCCUGGAUCAGACUCUCCAUCAUGACGCAGUCCCGUCCUUCAUAAAAACACAGCAUCAGCACGGGACGACAUCAUCGUCAGAUGUCGGCGUCUUCGCUUCAGACGACAAAAAACUACGUGUGAAACGUCCCGAAAUCUUGCGGACCCCUCGGACAUUUCUCGAAUCACUUCUGCAAACUCACUAUGAUACCGUCAUAGACGUGAACCGUGGAACCGACUGCCUUUUGAGUCUGGUUGGAUUUGAGAGGUUUUUGGGGUCGAAUAUAAUUGAAACCCCUUUCUUUCUUUCUUUUUUUUUUUCUUUUUUUUUUUUUUUACACUAGGCAUCUCUAAUCCAGUGUUGAUAAAUUUAUAUAUAUAUAUAAUGGAAAUCUGAGAGCUUAAUUUGCCAAAAGUCUUUAGGAAGUGGAUCAUAUCUACUGCACAUGGAACUGGAACAAAAAAAGUAGACUAAAGUGCGGCGCUCAGAUUCAAAAUUUUACUGAAACGUAUUUAACGUUGACAUUGUAUUUUUUCUUUCUUUUUUCCCCCCUUUGUUUUGUUUCUCUUCUGCUUUGUAUAUAUCUGCUGUGCUCCAUUUGUUUAUCCAUGCGAAUGGAAAGAACUGAAACUCUAAUUAUUGAAUUUUUCUAAGAGCCAGAUGUGAGUUAAAAAUUUAAUCCGCAAGUUUCAAUAUUCAGACCUUUCUGACCAGACGGUCAUAUGCUGAUCAUUUAUAGCGUAGAAGAAAGGGUUGUUAGUAGUUACCGGCCACAUCGAGGGCUUACCUACCAUCCUUCAUUAAUUAUUACUACUUUUUUUUUUUUUUUUUUUUUUUUUUGGAUAGUAAAUCUUUCACCAGCAUCCUGUUUAAAUUGAAAUAAACACACACAAAAAAAUGAAGUUAGUCAGCAAUAGCUUCCCUCUAAACUGUAGAGGAAUGUGAAUUUUUUCUGAAAAAUGUUUUUUUUUUUUUUCUUUUUACUGAUUUUAGAGUGUUAUAGGAGGAGAUUGAGGAGAGUGUUAGUUGUUUAUACGUGUGGUUUGCUUGUGGCAAGCUGAACCUUUUUUUCUGUAUAAAUACUUCCCCAGACUUUUUUUUUUUUUUUUAAGUUCCUUAUUUAAAAGAAACAAAGAGUUUCGGUAAGAUACUAAAGAGAAAUGUUAAUUGUUCCUCUCCUUCUCUCGUAGAGGUGUUUAGAUUUGUUCAGGUUUACUUUUGGAUUUUCAUUUCAACGCUCUCGCCUUCGUACGCGUGGUUUAUAUGCUUAAACAGCAGGGGGCGACGAAGUUUUUUUUUUUUUUUUUUUUUUUUUUACAGUGUCUAGUGAGCCGAUUGCUGAAACUAAUUUUUUAAAAGACUUUGGACAAGCAUUUCUGUUCAUCUUCGUCACUGUCCUUCUCUGUUAAUCCAAAUGUAACCCAAUAUUUCUUGCAUCAGAAAUCAGUGUUUGUGCUUUUCUUUUUUUUUUCUUUUUUUUUCUUUACCCCACCACCGAAGGGUUUGCGAUGGAUGGGUUUGAAAAAAAGAAUACUGUAUAAUACUGGAAACCUUUAUGCAGAACAUUUGUGUAUAAACAGGUGGAACCAGGGUUCACUCCUGACAUGAGAGGCCUUUGUCUUGCUCUUUAGAUCCUGACCAGUCAGGGUGGCUUUGUGCAAGCGCUUUUUGCUUUAUAAAGCCUUCGAACAGGUUCGUCAGCACGUCAGUCUCUGCCCUAGACUGCCUUCAACGAUGUUUUCUUAAAGUUCCAGUCACUUAUGUGCCCAGGCUCGUACAACGUGUGUAUGGAUGAAUGUUUGAGAGAUCUUAAGUCUUUGUGUGUGUGUGUAUAUGAGUGAGUAAGUGUAAAUUGAGACAGGGUUUCCCCCUCAGUCGGGCCGGGUUCGAAAAGGGUUAAUAAAGGAAGAUUUAAGCGUGAAUUGCCACUGUAUAGAAGAGGACUUCUCUAAUUCUCUGUAUCUAUUUGUUUGUUUUUGACUUGAUAAUGAAACAAUAAAAUGUUUGCCUAUAA